AGAUAUGCACAAAUAACUAGGAAUAAAGUGACUAGGUAACAGGUAAAUGUGACGAGUCCAGGAAGCUAUUUGGUUUGACUUGUAAUUCCUCUCCAGCUUCCUGAGUCUCUGGGGCGGGUUGAGUGGCCAGGACCAGGAUGGAGUCGGCGCUGUUGGAUGGCUGGAAGGAGGAGAGGGCGGAGCUGAGGGCGGAGCUAUCUCGCAUGCAGAAUGAGCUGGCUGAGAGUCACGCUGAGAGAGAGGAGCUGGAGUCACGUGCCCAGGCCCUCACAGACAGGCUGUCCCAGUCACUGGACCCAUCCCUGUCCCUGCCUCUGCACCUGGACAGUGAGUUGAGAAGGAAGAUGCGAGAUGGCAGAGAGAGGGAAGCCAGGCAGGCUCUACUCAUCCACAAACUGCAGAACAAGGUGCUGGAAUACCGGGAUCGGUGUCAGGGAUUGGAAAACCACGUGAAGACUGAAGAAAGAGAGCUCCUGAACCGUGAGAGGAGGAUCAGGGAUGAGCACAGUGACUCCUUAGAGGGCGCCCUCAUCAGGCUGGAGGAAGAACAGCAGAGGAGUGUAGGGCUGGCAGAGCUGAACUCUCUCCUUCGUGGCCAGCUCAGCCAAUCAGGCCAGGUAAAUGAAGCACUGAGAGAGGACCUUUGCAAACUGACUACUGAUUGGUCCAAAGCAGUGGAGGAGGCGGGACUGAGGGAGAUGGAGUGGCAGAAAGAGGAAGAGCGACUGACCGGUCAUGUAGACCGGGGUCAGAGUCGUCUGAUGUUCAUCUGGGGAGAUGUGGUCACACUGAGGCGACACUGUCACACUAUGAAGACUGCCACUGACAGGGACCUCUGGGAGCUUAGAGCUGAGUUCUCUCGUCUGUCUUCCUCUCUCCUCUCCCACUGUGGUUCAGUGGUGUCUCUCUCUCUACGGCCCAGUGACCCUACAACCAGCCUUCGUCCUGCUGCUGCCCGCUCUGCCUCCGCCCCCACCCCACUCCUCCGCCGCGGGGCUCACCUCCUCUCUCCUCCACCUUAG